AUGUUUGCUCUUCGCGCUCUCUCGAGGCAUGUCCGGCCUCCUCGCCCAUCUACCCCUGCGCGGGCCAUCUGCUCCUCUGCCCCCAGGCGUUCCGACGCUCUCUUCGUCCACCGUGACACUCCCUACAACAACCCCAAGAUUCCGUUCGAGUUCUCCCCCGAGAACCUCAAGCGUGCUCAGGAAAUCAUCUCCCAUUACCCUCCCCAGUACAAGAAGGCCGCCGUCAUCCCCCUCCUCGACCUUGGCCAGCGCCAGAACAAGGGCUGGACUUCCAUCUCCGUCAUGAACUAUGUCGCCAACCUCCUCGAGAUGCCCCCAAUGCGCGUCUACGAGGUUGCCACCUUUUACACCAUGUUCAACCGGGAACCCAUUGGCGAACAUUUCGUUCAGGUCUGCACUACAACCCCUUGCAUGCUCAACGGUGCAUACGAGAUCCUCGAAACCGUCUGCUCCGAGCUGGGUGGCAUCAAGCCUGGGGAGACCACCAAAGACGGCAAGUUCACUGUCAUCGAGGUUGAGUGUCAGGGCGCGUGCAGUAACGCGCCAAUGAUGGUUGUUGGCGACGACUUCUACGAGGACCUCACGUCAGAGACGACUCGCAAGGUGCUAGCUGCGUUCAAGAAAGGCGAGAAGCCCAAGCCGGGACCCCAGAGCGGCCGUCAUACUUCUGAGAAUUCUGCCGGCCUCACCGCGCUCACGGAGAAGCCUUACGGUCCUGGAGAACACUGCCAGCCCGAGUUCGCUUAG